AUGGCAUCAUCAAUUAGAAUCAAACGAGAACUUAUGAGACUUGAUAGAGAGAAAGCAGAUGGCAUAUACCUUGUUAAUGACUUAAUCAACGACAGUGACCUUACAGAAAUUUUUGUCGACAUCCAAGUCCCAGGGAACCCCUUAUAUUCAAAUGACACAUAUCGUGUUCGGUUCCGAAUCCCGCCAAUGUACCCGUUAGAAGUCCCAUGGGUCCAGUUUGUCCGCACGUCUCCACAAAUACUUGAUUCCCAACAUACACAAUUCUUUAAGAUUCCUAUCCACCCGCAUGUAUACUCGAACGGGCAUAUUUGCUUAGAUAUUCUUGGCGAUGGAUGGUCUCCGAUACAUACAAUAAUGUCAGUAUCGCUGUCAUUACAGUCUAUGCUUUCUGGUAAUGAUAUAGCAGAGCGCCCAGAAGGAGACGAGGAAUAUAUAAAAAGAGCCCCUGAAAAUCCAAAAGAAACUUCGUGGGUUUAUCAUGAUGAUACAGUUUAA